CGGUAUUCUAAUUGGAUUAUAAGGAGGCCGUUCUCAGUCAGCAUGGCCGCGUCGGAUCGCAAGAUUCGGCACGUGUGGGGUGUAAGACGAGAGAGGACACCCGAGGCAUAGCAAUGCAGAGUUGCUUGAAAGAAUUAACAUCGGAGGAGAUUUUCGGCGGGUGAAUUUUGACUGCGAACGAACAGCAGGGAUCGUAAUGACAAGAUGCCUGGGGGACGGAGAGGACUCGUUGCUCCACAGAACACUUUUCUGGAGAAUAUCAUACGACGGUAUAAUGCCCUAUCCGAUUGCAGUUUCCUGCUGGCCAAUGCCCAAAUUGUGGACUAUCCUAUUGUCUACUGUUCCGAAUCGUUUUGCAAGAUUUCUGGUUUCAAUCGAGCCGAAGUUAUGCAAAAAUCGUGCCGUUGUACUUUCAUGUACGGGGAGCUGACGAAUGAGAGUGCCAUUAACAAAAUUGAACAGUGCCUAGAAACACAAACUCAAAAUCAAUUUGAAAUUCUUCUUUAUAGGAAAAAUGCAGUUAUGCAAGGGAGUCUUCCCCAUAGCCCCGACUCGAUCGAAAAUUCGUGAAAGGUAAGAGGGAGAUUUUAUAAUUCAAGAUUUCAAAAAGCGUAUUCAAGUCUUUCUAACUGGAGCAGUGAAACUGAAAUAAUUAAUGAUUUAGGUAUUUGAAAAGAAAUUCGCUCGAACAAGAUUAGAAACUGAAUAUCAAAUACGACAGAGAUUAGAAGAAUAAAUUUUGGCCAAAAAAUUGAUACAAUUGGAUUUAGAUGCUUUCUUGACACUGCUCAACAUAGACUCUGCCUUUUCAACAUAGAAAGAUGUACUCUACCUUUUCAACAUAGAAAGAUGUACUCUACCUUUUCAACAUUGAAAGAUGCACUCUACCUUUUCAACAUUGAAAGAUGCACUCUGCCUUUUCAACAUUGGAAGAUGCACUCUACCUUUUCAACAUUGAAAGAUGCACUCUGCCUUUUCAACAUUGAAAGAUGUACUCUGCCUUUUCAACAUUGAAAGAUGCACUCUGCCUUUUCAACAUUGAAAGAUGUACUCUGCCUUUUCAACAUUGGAAGAUGUACUCUACCUUUUCAACAUUGAAAGAUGUACUCUACUUUAUAAAGAUGUGCAUUAUCUGCUAGAAUAAUUUUUUUGGAAUAGAAAAUAGUAUUUGUGCUUUUUACAACUACCAGUAACUGCUGCAAAUACUAAUAAAAGAAAAUAUCAGAGAAAUUGGAUUUACAGAGAUAAUGCACUUUUUUAAUGCCAUUUCUCUCCAUGGAACUUUUAUAACACUGCGGCAUGGCUCAUAUUUUCCUCAGUUUAAUGUUAAAUUCUUUUUAAAAGUUUUUACGAAAUUUCUCAUAGAAAAAGUCACCUCCUAGGCAGAAUAUCAAAAUAUUGCCAAUGAAGCUAUUAGUAUCGGUAAUCAAAUUUAUAAGCUGGAGAAACCCUAAUCUGUAUACCUUUUCUUAACACGAAUUUGAACUCAGUUGGAAAAUGCAUUUGAAUUCAGAAGAAUUUUAAAAAAAUAACAUAGACAUUAUUACAAAAAUGAAUGGAAGUCAAAUAUAUUGGAAGAUUGAAAUAGUUUAUCCAAGAUUGUUCCACAAGAAUGGCAUUUUAAUAUAAUAUGAGUGUUGAAAAACCUUUUCCUUUCAAAAAUUGCUUCUUAUUUACAGAUCGCAAAAAUGAAAAUAUUAAAAAAUAAGCCAGAUAAAACAUUUACUUCAAUCUACUUAACGAAUUAGAAAAGAACAAUACUGACUUCAAACAAACAUUAAACUUGACCUUUUUGUAACAAUAAAUAUGCUUGGAAAUCCUUUGAUAAAAGAAUUGUUUUAUGAUUGUUUAGCAACAAGAUCGUUUCAAUCUAGACGGACAGUUAAGAGAAAUUUUCUAAUUCUUCUAACGAGAUAUGUAUACUUUAUUACUUGAACUUUUCAAAUUCACAAUAGAAAAAGAGAGAUAAUCACCCAAAUAUAACAUCUGCCCUCAUCUAUUAAAACAUCUACUUCAACCAGAUUAAAUUGAAAGAGAAAAGAAAAGCUACAAAGAAGCAUUGAGAAGCAUAUAAAUUUUCUAGGACACGAAGAUUUAAAUAAAAGAGAAAGGAAGUCACAAAAUUCACAAAUGAAAUUUCAUGAAUAUAAAAGAAUUUCUCCAAAAAACAGUAUUUCUCUUCUGUUGAAUUCCACUGGAAUAUUUCAAUUUAAUGCUGCCAAGGAAAUAGUCAAGAGUCACAGACUUGUAUUUCCGCAAACAGUGAUAUUUCCAAACUGUUUUCAAUCUAUUUAUAAUUUUUACCGAUAUAAUUAUCAAUACUUUGUA